AUGCGAAUGUCUGGAAAUGGGGUUCCCUUCAAAAAUGACUGCAAAAAGAGAGUCAGAGAAGGAGCCUGCAGGACAGAGAUGCAGCAUGGCCAGGACAGAUAUGUCAACUGCCAGCCUACUUCCUUCCCACGGGACGAAACAGAAGCAAGUUUAGAAAGAAAAAGGCUGACUCUUGAAAAAAUAGUUGAAGGAGGAGGAGACAGGAACGACGAUUCAACUGAGCUCUUAAAGGUCACAUACGUAUUGCAGAGGAGGGAUAUAAACAGUGGAAUGCCUAUAAAAGAAGUAUUGAGUAAAUGGUCAAUAUUCACCAAGCCGCAUCAUUUCUGCACCCAUUGUGACUUGCUGAUCGGCGACGGAUCCUUAGCCAUGUUCGAAAAGCAACUCUUGGACACGGGCAUGAGAGUAUAUAAGUACUUUCAAGAUUGCCCUGAUAAUGGAGAUCUCUCUUUGCUCACUCAAAUUGCUGCUGAGGCAAAUGGAAGUGAUUCCAUACUCCGAGGUAAAUAUACCCUUUACGCUGGAAGAAAACGCUUGUUCGAGGUCCAGAGCCUGAUGCAUUCCAUUUUUUUCCUCCUGAGCUGUUACUAUGUAUUCAACAUGGAACACCCAGAAAAAGCAGAUGGUACUCUGGAAUACAUUCGAAGAGAGGGAGAGAAUGGGAUGGCAGGCCGGGCGUGGACUAAACAUGGCGCCUAUUUGAGCUGUCGUCACUACCUGAUGCUUCGCAUCUAUAUACCUUGGAUCAGGGAGGUCCCCAGCAUCCCUGCUUCUACUCGUCACCUUGUGAUGAUCGCGGGACCGUCCAUCCUGAGAAGUGCGCGCCAGCGGUGUCGCCGCGGCCAUCGAACGUCCGAGUCACGCUGGCCGAGUCGGACCCCGAAGAUCGUCCCCGCGGAGGUCUCUCCUCGCACUUGA